AUGGCCCUGGCCUCGCUGACUGAUUUCGAAGUCCAACCCUGCCAACUAAUUGCCGGCUUUCAAAAAGAUGAUGACGAUGAUGUUUCUCGCCAAACGAGUGUCUAUAGCGGAAACAGUGACGAGAAUUUAAGUUCCGAAUGUUGUUCCAGCCCAUCUCUUGGGGCCAGUGUCGAGGACCUAAGCUCAUUGAAAAGAUUGUCAAAGAGUUCAGAAAACUUAUCAGAAAACAGAUUAUCUCUGCAACAGAAUGCGUUGUCUCUUCUUUAUUACAAGCUGUCAAAUUUGAAACAUCAACUUAAGGAGAAUGAGAGCGAACUCAGGCUAUACAAUGUUCUUAUGGAAGAAAAUCGAAUUAUCGACGGAGAAAUUUUGCGAGAGUUCCUGGCGAAAAAUCCGAAUAUAAUCGGUCGGUUAAACGGUUUAAAUAACGAUUCUAAUCGGGAGAACUCUAAAAUAAAGACUACUAAAAAUGAUCGUGUUGAGGACGAUAGCGACGAUGACGUGGCAAGGAGAAGCACAAUAAAACUUCAAAUUAAUGACAGUGAUGUCAAUAACAACGACAUUGACAUCGUCAACAACAACAACAACAUGCAAAAAAACAUGUCACCAAUUAGCGAUGUUAUCGAUUUGAACGAAGUACUCGAUGAAUUAGCGGUUAGUUUCGAGUCUGAAAACUCAAAUUGA